AUGUGGGCCAGAAGAGUCCAAAUACCCGCCGCGAGGUGGUUUCAAUGCCCAAGAGCUUCCGCCAGCUCUUUCACAAGAGGCCGAGCCACGCCCGCUCGCGGUCCUCGAAAUUCCACUCGAAGGCCACCCCCGAUUCGAAAUGAUGCGAACCCCUCCGAAAAACAGACAGGAAACACGGGAUCCCCGGUUCCGAAUUAUGAUCCCGCGCAGAAUACACUCCUUUCGCCCGUCUACAUCCCGGAGGAUCCCCAUGGUGUCCUCAAGGAAUCCCAUCCCGCCACUGGGAUUCUAGCGAACUCCGGACUGGUCGUGCAACGACAGCUGGAGUUGAUGAAUGUAAUGAUCGGCUUCGAGCAAGCCAAUAAGUACGUGAUACUAGAUGCUGCAGGAAACCAUGUUGGAUAUAUGGCAGAGCAGGAGAGAGGGAUGGGGAACAUGAUGGCACGACAAUGGUUCCGCACACACCGAAGCUUUGUUACGCAUGUAUUUGAUAGACACGAAAACGAAGUCCUCCGAUUCCAUCGUCCAUUUUCAUGGAUCAAUUCUCGGAUUCGAGUAUACGAUCCUUUCAACGCCGAUACAAUCUCACACUCCUCAUCUUCCGCACUUCAAUCCAAUACCCCCGGCUCUCUUGCUCAAGCCUCGGAUUACCCAAAUGCCCGAGUAUCACCGCUUGGAAUUGACCAGAUGCGCGUCAUUGGAGAAGCGCAGCAACAGUGGGCGCCUCUACGGCGGAAAUACAACCUAUUUACCUACCAUCAUUCACCUAAUACUGCGACUGAGAUGGGAACUCAGCGGAUGCCUCUGGCGCAGACCGGGCUGUCCAAUUCUCAGCAAAUGCAACUGUCGGAAGGGAAUCGCGAUUUUGGCGAAUUCAACCAAUUUGCCUACGUCGAUGAGCCUUUCUUAUCAUGGGACUUUUCGUUGCGCUCUGCUAAUGACCGUCUGAUCGGGUCCGUUAAUCGUGAUUUCGUCGGGUUUGCUCGUGAGAUCUUCACGGAUACUGGUGUUUAUGCUCUACGGAUGGAUUCGGCGGCUCUAAAACCUGCCAACACACCGGAUCAGGGUACCUCGAUCACCGGCAUGACCCUUGAUCAGCGUGCCGUUAUGCUGGCCACGGCCGUCAGCGUUGAUUUUGACUAUUUCAGUCGUCACAGCGGUGCCGGUGGCAUGGGAUUCUUCCCAAUGUGGAUGCCAGGUGUUGGCGGAGACGCCGCAGCUGGUGGUACAGCAGCUGGCGAAGCUGGAGCUGUAGGCGAAACCGCGGCUGGAACCGUUGGAAGAGGAACUGCUGGAACCAUGGGCGAAGGCGCCGCGGCAGGUGUCGCUGGAGCAGGUGCGAUGGCAGGAUACGAUGCAAUGUCCAGAGGUGCGGCGGGAGAAAGCCAACCGCAAGAAGGUGCACCGACUCAACCACCUGUAGAUCAGAAUUCACCGACGAACAGCCAAACGGGCCCGUAUGGCGAUGUCUGGACGCCAGAACAAAAGAAUGACCGUAAGCCAGAUAAUCCAUGGGCUGAUGAAUACGAUGAUGAUGACGGAGGAGAUGGAGGGAGCGGAGGGGAUGAUUAUGAUUUCUUCUAG